UUGAACCGCAGCCAGUGUCGCUUUGGAAUAAUGACCAUCAGCAAAUUCUCUAUCGAGUAUGACGCCAUCAACAGCAAAAAUAUCUUCACAAAUGGAGACACCAUCAACGGGAGGAUCAUUGUGGAGGCUUCAAAGGAAACUAAAGUCCAGACGUUGACAUUCAUUGCAUCGGGACAGGCUGGAGUCCACUGGGCGGAUGAUGAUGAAGGCACUCAUUGGGCUCACAUAGAGUACUACAAAGUCAUGCAUGAUAUCCUGAGUCACCUCCGGAAUGAUGGGAGUGACAUCAUUAGCAAGGGGCGACAUGUAUUUCCUUUUAACUUCCAGAUUCCAGACACAAAAAUGCCGUCGUCUUUCAAAGACGAUGAGUGUACUAUCAUUUAUAAGGUGAAGGCGAAGCUCAAGCAGUCGAUGAGACUGACCAAGAAGGUCAACAAACACUUCAACUUUGUGUCGCCUGUGAACCCGAGUAGCCGCAGACUCAUGGACCCUCAAUAUGGCUCUGCAGAUAGUCCUGUCCGUUCUCCAGGGUAUGGAAGUGUAACAAUGAAGGUCCUCACUGAAAGGACGGGAUACAUGCAAGGUGAAGGCAUCAUGGUCACAGUUGAGGUCCACAACAAGUCCAGCCGCUCGGUGAAGCCCAAAUUGGCCUUGUGCAUGACGAAGGAAUACAAGGCUGAUGAUGACAGCAAAUAUUGCACCUCUGAUGUUCUCAAGGACAAGUUGGAUUCUAUUCCAUCAGGCAGGAAAGAAGUUGUGAAGAAAGUGAUCACUGUCCCCGGUGAACUCUGCUGUUCCAUCACCAACUGUCCCAUCUUCCAGCUGGAGUACAGGCUGAAGGUGACUCUGAAGAGAAAACAUGCAAAAGGUCCGACUGUCACUCUUCCGAUUGUUGUCAUGCCGUGGAAGGAACAACCUCCACUUCAGCCAAAUCAGACUUCUGGGAUCCCAAACCAAGCUCCUCUGGGUGGAUACCCUAACCAACCGUACACCACUGCACCAAUUGUGAACUGGUGUCGGUCGCAUGCGCCCACAAACCCACCAUUUGGAAACUCAAAUCAAGUGAAUUCCAGCCCAGGUCUACCAAGCAUCACCAGCCCUAUGGGUCCUCCUCCACCUUACAGUGCGGUCAGCUUGUACCCGCCCCCCAGACCCGGGACGUGAAGCCAGACUACAGUAAUUCAACAAAAUCAAUUCAGAUGCAAACAAAGUCCAUCAGCUGUUGAAAUCCAGUGGAUAUUCAUCCAUAUGUACAGUUGUGUGUUUUUCUUUUCCUUCCCUUUGUUUUUCACUUGAGAUCUCGCUGCAAAGAAGCAGCAAAAGUUUCCACUCACUGUGUUGAAAAGACUUGCAAUGAGUAUGUGGAUCCAUCAGCUGUAGCUAAGUGCAGCAUGAAAAGCUUAUUUUGCUCCUCUGUGCCAGAUAUUGUUGGUUUUCAAUGUGACUCCUGAACU